AUGAUGGAUUCCGGAGGAGCAGGCAUCGCUGAAUCACCACCAACGUACCACCGCACUUACGAGCAAUACGUUCAAGGAGCCGUCGAGAACAGUACCGACUCAGGACAAGACCAAACUAGCCCAGAACUUGUAGUCUGGUCUACUCCCUACGGACUAGACUACAGAACUCAAUAUGACUACCGAAGUCCUUAUGAGACUACAAGGGACUAUUCCACGCAGCAGUAUGCUAGAGCGGGGUUUACUACGAAGAUGGGGCAAGCUAAAGCGCUAAAGGAGGCCAGGAUACGAAGGCCUAUGAACGCUUUUAUGGUGUGGGCGAAGGUGGAGCGGAAGAAACUGGCUGAUGAGAAUCCUGAUCUUCAUAAUGCUGAUCUGAGUAAAAUGCUAGGUGAGUUUUUUUGUUUUUUUAUCUAG